AAAUCUAACGGUAGUGAGAGUCGCGUUGAUUUAAAGCCAAUAUGGCCUAAGCGCUAAGACCCCUGAAAAAACCCUCUUAUAUAAACCCUAGCUAUUGCCGCCGUCUCUUCCCCAAAUUCUCUCCCGUUCCAUUACUCUCGAUUCCACUUAACGCAAAUAGUUCGAGUUUCGUAAUCAAUGGCUUUGCCGAACCAACAGACUGUUGAUUAUCCGAGCUUCAAGCUCGUUAUCGUCGGCGAUGGAGGCACUGGAAAGACCACAUUUGUGAAGAGGCAUCUGACUGGAGAGUUUGAAAAGAAAUACGAGCCAACGAUCGGUGUGGAGGUUCACCCUUUGGACUUCUUCACUAACUGUGGGAAAAUUCGAUUCUACUGCUGGGAUACCGCCGGUCAGGAAAAGUUUGGUGGUCUUCGAGAUGGUUACUACAUCCAUGGGCAAUGUGCUAUAAUUAUGUUUGACGUUACUGCCCGUUUGACAUACAAGAAUGUUCCUACCUGGCAUCGUGAUCUUUGCAGGGUGUGCGAGAAUAUUCCUAUUGUUCUAUGUGGUAACAAGGUUGAUGUUAAGAACAGGCAGGUUAAGGCAAAGCAGGUUACAUUCCACAGGAAGAAGAAUCUGCAAUACUACGAAAUCUCAGCCAAGAGCAACUACAAUUUUGAGAAGCCGUUCUUGUACCUUGCCCGGAAGCUUGCAGGUGAUCCUAAUCUUCACUUUGUGGAGUCGCCUGCUCUUGCUCCUCCUGAAGUACACAUCGACUUGGCUGCACAGCAACAACAUGAAGCUGAGCUUGCAGCAGCAGCUAGCCAACCUCUUCCAGAUGAUGAUGAUGAUGCAUUUGAGUAGAGAAGAGAAUAAUAAUAUUAGCUUUUUCACUGCCACUGCCUGAAGUUUGGGGUCUAAAAAAACAAUUUCAAUCUCCUUUUUUCAUUAAAAUUUUCGAAAAAAUCAUAUGGGUGCAGGCAGAGUCUGGUGUUUGUCAGCUAUAUUUGAGAGUACAGUUUUUACCAUUUAGACCAGUUUCUUUUGUCUUUGUUUUUUUCUUUUGGGUUAUUGGAUUUGUGUUCCCUUCAGCAUGGAUUUUGCUUUUUUAGUAAAAUCCCUUUCCUUUAUAAGAACCAACAAAAAGAAUUCCCUAUAAAGAA